GGUUGUAAGUCCAAUCAAAUAAUCAGACGAAGUAACUCUCGUGAUUGAGUGUCUCUACAAUAAAUCAAUAAAAUUUGUUCAAUUCAAUCGGCUAGUAGCCGCAUGUGCGAAUGCAGCAAUAAUGAAAAGAUAUAGUAGUUUUAGGUCACAGAACAGGGAAAACGUGAUUAAAAAUUAUUGAUGGAAUAAGUUGACAAAUCUUUAAACCAACCGACCUGAACUCAAUCACUGCUGCGGGCGAGUCAUCUAUAAAAGUAAAGUUACCUCGUCAUUCAUAUUUGAGAGCAAAUGUUUCUGGGCUGUUAUCAUUGUUGCACACGGGGCAGUAAUAGAACAUAAACAGACAGACAGGUGACCACUCGAUGACGAUUCGGGCUCAUUCGGCCCGUCGGACGUUGGCCGUGCGGAUCGAGAUGCGGCUGAAGGACUGCUUUCGGAGACCGUCGGAUGAAAUUUUGCGCAAAAAGCAGCUCGAGAAACGGCUCACGCAAAACAGCAUCAAGUUUAACAAUGCCGUCAAGAUACUGCUGCUUGGGGCUGGAGAAUCGGGCAAAACGACCAUCAUCAAGCAGAUGAAGAUUCUGCACGUGCAGAAUGGGUUCAGCUUCGAUGAACGUUUGGACAAGAUUCACGACAUCGUGGAAAAUAUUCACGAAUCGAUAUGGACGCUGGUUGAACACGUGGCACACAUGAAUCUGAAGUAUGACUCAAAGAAAAAUGAGUCGUACGCGAAAGAGCUACGCAAGCUAGGUUAUCGAGCUCCGUGGUACAUGACCAUGGAAUACGUGAAGAUGGUACGAGCUCUGUGGUCGGACAGUGCGGUCAAAACUUGUUUCAAGCGAUCCAACGAGUUCCAGCUAAUUGAUAGCGCAAAAUACUUUCUAGACAGAAUCGAGAAGAUUUCAAUGCCAGGAUACAUUCCAUCCAACUCGGACAUUCUGAACUGCCGGAAAACCACAACCGAAAUUCAGGAAAUCAGCUUCAACAUUCAAAUGCCACGAUCUCUCGGCGGUGGAGGCUGUCAGGAGUUCCGGAUGAUCGACGUUGGAGGGCAGCGCAGCUACCGAAGCAAGUGGAUGCAAGUGUUCGAAGGCAUCGAUGCGGUCCUGUUUAUGAUUUCUUGCGGAAGCUUCGAUCAGACGUUGCGCGAGGAUUGCUCGCAGAAUCGUCUCGCGGAAGCGUUGGAGCUGUUCCGCGGGGUUUGGCAGAACCGAUUUCUAGCCGAAACGGGACUGAUUGUGUUUCUCAACAAGCAGGACAUUUUGGAGCAGAAAAUUCUCGCAGGAAAAUCGAUCGGAAAGUACUUCCCCGAGUAUAAAGACUACGUGGCGGAAGAAGCGGUGGAUGACGCGGGGAUGUGCAACGAGUUUGCUCGAACGAGAUGUUUUAUCAAAUCGAAAUUAGUGGAUAUCACUAACGAACCCCUCCGAAGAACAUCCCACAUGACACCGAGGAAACGGUCAUGUUACUAUCAUUUUACAAUCGCCACGGACACCAACAACGUCAGAAUUGUGUUCAGUGAUGUUCAUAACAUUAUUUUAGCAAGAAAUUUAGAAGAAAUCGAUCUGCACUAAUUAAAUAAUUAUUUGACCUUUUUGAUAAAAAGCUUUUUUUUUGUUUGGUUUAUCUUUAAACCAAAUUAGUUUGUCAAUACAAUAAAUAUAUCAAAUCUCGUCUUAAAUACUUUAUUUGUGA